CUAAUUAUAAAAUUGUUUCAGCAAAAAUGAUGUUUGAUCCUCCCGAUUACCCAUACAAAGAGUUAUCAGAAACUUACGAUCCAGACGAUUUAAUUUUCUCCACCGACGCAGACCCCAACGGAACUUUGACCAAUGAUAAUAAAAAUCCACCAGAUAUUACUGGUAUAAUGAAUACUGUAGAAAACCAAUUAUCGUUCCAUUCAAACGAUUCUGGAAGAUUUUUCAAUGUAGAUAAUACUACUUUAUUUCAUGAAAAUAACCCGAAUCUUGAACUACAAAACACGGAAUUGUAUAUUGUGCAGUCAGAUAAUUUGUUUAACUACGAACCCACUUUGCUUGAUGAGAAUACUGUUAAUCAAUUCUUAUUGCCUCUUCAGGAUUCUUCAGGGAAGACUCAGACUAGUGAAAGCACCGGGCCUGACCUGCUUGCGCUGCAUUCUUGUGUGAUUUGUCAUGAGAUAUUUACAACAGAAGCUGAUCUGCUAGACCACACAAUCUCACUCCACACAUCGGAUAGCUCCAUCGACCAGCCUCAGACUUCUUUAUUGCCGGCCAGUGUCAAUGACAAAGUUGAAAAGAGGACCGUGCCAGAACCCACCCACAGUAAUGAAAACUUUGAGUCCGAGUGGCUCGUGUGCCGAAUGUGUGAACGUGUGUUAUCGACCGCUCUGGAAGUUGAACCCACAGAACAACUGUGCUGCAUCGCAUCGGACGGCAAGAGUGGCGUCACAUAUCGCAAACUGAACACAAUGUACGUGUGCGACUUUUGUAACGGACUGUUUGCUGACGGGGAUGCCUUAGACAGGCACCGGUUGACCUGCUUCAUAGAAGACCAGAACAGUUAUUAUGAGGAUCGAAACGGCAGCUGCGACUUAGAUACAAACGUAUCUCAAGGUCCUGAAGUAUGUUAUGCUUGUGACAUCUGUGGGAAGCAGUAUGCAUCUGCUGAAGAGUUGAAGAUGCACUCCUUGGAGCACCACCGUCCUCCGCCCGCCAGAAACAAUCGACGAUCGUACACAAAUGGCGGGAAUAGCAAAAUGUGGAACUGUGGCUCUUGUAACCAACUGUUCGCUACAGCUAGGGAGCUGUACCGCCACAAGCGGGGCGAGGACCGACCCCCGGGCGCUCCGCUGAUGGCCUACGUAUGCGAGGAAUGCGACAAAGUGCUGGGCAGCAUGUGUGCGCUGCACACGCACAAGAAAAUGCACAAAGUUACUAAGCCAGGUUACCCAUGCCGUGUCUGCGGGCGCCGCUUCAACCAGUCUGGUCAUCUUGCCAUCCACAUGCGAAUGCAUACCGGAGAGCGACCCUAUCCCUGUGAUCUGUGUCCUAAGGCUUUCAAAGUUAAGGUGGAGCGCGACGACCAUCGCAGGACCCACACGGGCGAGAAGCCCUUCGCGUGCUCGGCGUGCCCCAAGACGUUCACUGCCGCCGCACGCUUGCGUGAGCACGCACGCAUCCACACAGACCAAAGGCCGUAUCGUUGCGAUAUUUGUGGAGCAGCAUUCAGAAGACCGUACGCUCGCACCGUGCACACGCUGAUACACACUGGAGAGAAACCCCACGAAUGUGAUAUCUGUGGAACUGCUUUCAGACGGUCCGGCGACAUGUGGAAACAUAAGCGAACUCUCCACGGGGUUCAAGCUAUCACUGACGCAGAACUCAAGAAGUGAUUCUUAUGAGAAAAACAAAAAAGUUGAACGGCCUUUGUAUUCGCAGUUCCAAAUAACGUGGAUAGAUGGCGCUAGUAGGGUAUACCUGUUGAGAUGUGCGCAGAGACAUGCAUGCAAUAAUAGUGUUUUUUUUUAUAUAAGUUUAAUAUAUAAUUUCAU